GAUGAGAGAGAGAGAGAGAGAGAGAUGUUAGUUGUUGCCUUGCCUUGUUGCUUUGUUGGUGGGGGUUGUUCUUUCGAUUUCCAGGGUUUGUUGAGAGAAGGAGCAAGAAAACUAGGGUUUUUUUAAGGCCUUUCUAGGGUUCGAUUCGAUCGAGAGGGGGACAGAUAAGGAAUCGCUUGCGGAGGAGGAAUCGUCUUUAUUCGUCUCCGCGUGGAUUUUCCGGUUUGAUCGAGGUAGAUCCGGUGGAAUCCGGUUUAGAAUAUGUUCGUUUUUCGGUUCGAUCUGUCUCUGAGGAAUCAUUUUAGUUCGAAUUCUCUUCGAAAUUCCAUUGUCAAAUCGUUGAUUCUAUCGUGUUCCCGCUUUCUUUGGGAGGACAAUAGAGUUUCUUGGGUUUUUUCGCUUUGAUUUCUCGGGAUUAUUGUUCAGCUGCUGAGGGAUUCAGCGUUGUUUGGUAUAUAUUAGGACACAAAUUAAAGGGGACAGAAAUUACGGUUUUUAAGAAAAGGAGGGGGACUUUUUGUGAUUUUCUUUGUAUAUAUUUGUAAGAUUAAAUAUCUGGAGAUUAUUGUUUCCCGUAUAGAUGUUUUCAGAAGUUUGAUCCAUCGGAUUUACGUUCCGGUGACAGCCGCUGAGGCCAUUUGUGUUUCGUAAAGGGGGUGAUUUGACUUUAUUCGCCUGUGGAUUCGAUCGGAGGCAUGUAUAUCGAAGAAUUGAAGGAAGGGGGGUUGGAAAGUGGAGAGGAGUUAGUUUCUGAUGUUUGCCGUAACGGAAUUUCUGUAUCAAGUGCAAAAAGGGCUCUGAUUGGAGCCGGGGCUCGUAUUCUUUUCUACCCAACUCUUCUGUAUAAUGUUGUCCGAAAUAAGAUUCAGUCCGAGUUUCGAUGGUGGGAUAGAGUCGACGAGUUUGUAUUGUUAGGUGCUGUUCCAUUUCCUACUGAUGUUCCACACUUGAAACAACUUGGUGUUCGUGGAGUGAUAACACUAAAUGAGCCAUAUGAGACUUUGGUUCCCACUUCUUUAUAUCAUGCACAUGGUAUUGAACAUUUGGUGAUUCCCACAAGAGAUUACUUAUUUGCUCCAUCAUUUGGAGACAUAUGCAAAGCUGUAGACUUUAUACAUAAGAAUGCAUCUUCUGGGAAAACAACGUAUGUUCACUGUAAAGCUGGUCGGGGACGAAGUACAACCAUUGUUCUCUGUUAUUUGGUUGAACACAAACAAAUGAGUCCUGAUACUGCAUACGAGUAUGUAAGAUCAAUUAGGCAAAGGGUGCUUUUAGCAUCUUCCCAGUGGCAGGCUGUUCAAGAAUACUACCAUCAAAAAGUGAAAAGGACUGCAGUAUCCAGCUUCUGGUUGCGUAGUCCAAUUGUGAAAACUUCCACUCAUCCCCGGGACAUAAUGGCAUUUGAUGAUGGAUCUGUGGUGGUGGUAACAAAAGCAGAUCUUGAUGGGUAUGAUGAGAGCAAUGGAUCGAAUGUUGUGGGCAAUGAGAUAUGGGCAGAAUUGAGCCUGGUGUACAGGGUUCAGUUUGCUAGUCAGGCAGCUCUGGCUAGGCUUUCCUGUCUAUGGCUGCGGUGCCAUGCCCGUCAGAAGAUAUCGGGGGAGAAGCUUGGCAGGGAGAGCAGCUAUUCUGUGGGGGCAGACCAGAUGGGGGGACUCGAUGUAGACAUUCAUGUCUAUUAAGAGGUCUUGGUGAUGUAAUUGUAAAGAGUGUUAUAAAAUGCCUUUUUCUCCUUUUUUUUUUUUUUUCUUGUAUUCCCGUUCAUGUUUUGUAAGACGGGCGAUAAUAAGAAAGUCUUUUCCUUUUUUUUUUUUUUCGCGUUUCCUAAAAUCAAGUAAAUGUAUUUGGGCAUUCACUCACCGAGGGGCUGUGAAUCCUUUUUUUUUUCUUUGUUUUCCUGCUUCGGGUUGAGCUCUUUCAUUCUGUCGUAAUGAAAGGAAAGAAUUCGAGCAGUGUAUCAUGUACAGAAAAUUAGAUGAAGUUUCAUAAAGGAUCUAACCUUGUCAA